AUGGUAAAAAAGAAAAUAGAUAAUCGUAUCAGGGUGAUGAUAGAGAAUGGCGUGAAAUUGGGCCACCGGACUAUGUUUGUUCUUGUAGGGGAUAAGAGCAGACAUCAAGUUCCUAUUCUUUAUGAUAUACUGGUAAAGUCUACAGUAAAGGCUAGACCUAAAGUUUUGUGGUGCUACAAAACUAAAGACGCAGCUAUCAGCAACCAUGGUCGUAAAAGAGCAAAAAAAAUUGCAGCAGGAAAAGUAGAAGUAUCAGAAGAAUCUCUAUUUGAUGCAUUCCGAGCAGCAACCACAAUACACGGAAGAUAUUAUUCAGAGAGUCAUGCUAUGCUUGGUCAAACAUACGGGGUCUGCAUCCUACAGGACUUUGAAAGUUUAACGCCCAAUUUAAUGGCACGGUGUAUUGAAACGGUAGAGGGAGGAGGUUUAAUUGUGUUUCUAUUGCAAACAAUGAACUCAUUAAAACAGUUGCAUUCUAUUAUGAUGGAUGUACAUUCAUGGUUCAAAACAGAAGCAUACGACACGGUAGGGAACCGUUUCAAUAAAAGGUUCCUGCUUUCACUCGCCGAUCAUACGCGUUGCUUAGUUCUUGAUGAUUCGCUCAAUGUCCUGCCGAUAUCAUCGAAGACAGCAGAAGUGACACCUGUCGAUGCCACACCAGAUAGGGUAAACCAGCGACUGGCGGAUCUGAUAUCGUCACUCUCGGAUUCGCCUCCAGCGGGACCGUUGGUAGCACUGUGUCGCACUUACGACCAGGCUACCGCUCUAGUCGCACUUAUAAACACCCUCGCUGAUAAACAAGCACGACCCCCUCAUUGUCUUACGGCCGCUCGUGGUCGAGGUAAAUCAGCAUGUCUGGGUCUUGCCCUCGCCGCUGCCGUAUCUUUUGGCUACGUAAACAUUUAUGUUACUUCCCCACACCCAGAGAACUUGAUCACGCUAUUCGAGUUCUUAUUCAAAGGGCUCGACGCAUGCUUAUAUCAGGAGCAUAUUGAUUACAAUAUCGUGAGGUCUACUAAUCCAGAUUUCAAGAAGGCGGUGGUUAGAGUUAACAUCUCAAGGAAUUCCAGACAAACCGUCCAGUACAUAGCCCCCGACGACCACUCGCUGCUGGGCGCGGCGGACCUGGUGCUGGUGGACGAGGCGGCGGCGGUGCCGCUGGUGCACGUGUCGGCGGUGGCGCAGCGCGCGCCGCUGGCGCUGCUGGCCUCGACCGUCGCCGGCUACGAGGGCACCGGCCGCGCGCUCAGCCUCAAGCUCUUCGCGCAGCUGCAGACCCUGCACGGGGCUCCGCCACCGAUAAAAUUAGAGGAACCUAUCCGCUACCGGUCCGGAGACCCCGUGGAGAGCUGGUUGAACGGCCUGCUGUGCCUGGAGGCGCCGCCGCUGGCGCCGGGCGCUGGGGCUCCGCCCCCCGCCGCGUGCGAGCUGUACCGCGUCAACCGGGACGCGCUCUUCUGCUACCACAAGGCGGCAGAGGUCUUCCUGCACCGCCUCGUCUCUAUAUACGUAGCCAGCCAUUAUAAGAACAGUCCUAAUGACAUCCAACUCCUAGCCGAUGCGCCCGCGCAUUGUCUAUUUGUUCUGCUCGCACCAACGCCUGCGAGUAGCACAUCAAUACCGGAAAUCCUAUGUGUAAUACAGAUGUGUUUCGAGGGGAAUAUAUCCUCCAAGUCAGUCCACGACGCCAUGGGGCGCGGCCGCAAGGCAGCCGGCGACCUGAUACCCUGGAACAUUUGUGAACAGUUUGGGGACAGGGACUUCCCCAAGUUGUCUGGUGCUAGGGUCGUCAGAAUAGCCACGCACCCUUCGUAUCAACGUAUGGGAUACGGUAAACGUGCUCUGCAACAACUGGCCGCGUACUACUCCGGCGAUAUACCCUGUCUCGACGAAGAUAAGUCUGAUGAGGAAAAGUCUGAUGAAGAAGACUCAGCCAGUACACAUACGAAUACAUUGCGCACAGAGAUUAUUGUGCCCAGAGCAAAACCACCGCCUUUACUGAAACGUCUAUCAGAGGUGCGAGCUGAACAUUUGGACUACUUGGGCACCAGCUUCGGACUAACGGAAGACUUACUUAAGUUCUGGAAAUCACAGAAAUAUGUACCUGUUUAUUUGAGUCAAAAAGCGAACGAGUUGACAGGCGAGCACUCGUGUAUAAUGCUGGUCGCGCUGGGCGACAACUCGUGGCUGCGCGCCUACAGCGGGGACUUCCGCCGCCGCGUGUCGCGCCUCCUGGGCCGCGCCCUGCGCCACCUGCCCGCCGCACUCGCGCUCUCACUGCUCGGGGGGGACUGCGGCAAGGCGGACAGGCCAGAAUUAACACGGGAACUCAUUAAGCAGCAGUUAUUCGACCACGACUUGGGUCGCCUCGAGUCGUACUGCAGACAGCAAGCCGACUACAGACUCAUCACGGAUCUGUUGUCGCCGCUAGCGAGUCUCGUGUUCCACGCCAAAACUUCGCUCAAAUUGGAUGCUGUACAACAAGUUAUCUUAAUAGCAAUGGGAUUCCAAAUGAAAGAUGUUGACGACUUGGCGAACGAACUUAAACUGCCCGCUUCCCAGAUAUUGGCUAAAUUCUACGAAGCCUGUAAAAAGAUAAACGCGUCCUUUAAUGCCGUGCUAGAAGAUACUGUGGCCAAAGAAAUAGGCAUAGAAGACAAGGAAGCUGAUGACAUGACCAUGGGACCAGUCAAGCAAAGCCUGCAAGAUGAGCUGUCGAAGGCUGCCAAGGAAUUGGAACGUAAACAAAGGAAGGAGCUAUCACGUUUAAUGGGCGAGGACCUCGCACAGUACAGUAUUAAGGGCAGCGACCUUGAUUGGGGCAAGGCGCUCACCAGCAGCAAGCAGAAACAACUUGUAUCUGUUAAAAGUGGAGAAAAACGUCUUGGCGACAACGAUCAGGAUAUCGAUGACCUAAUAGCGCCAGAAGGGCACAGAAAGAAGAAGAAAAAGAAACAUGUACGAAAUCAAGUGUAA